AUCAAGCCUUUGUGACCCUUGCUACCAAUGAUGUGUAUUGUCAAGGUGCUCUGGUUCUUGGACAGUCAUUGAGGAACCAUAGAACGUCUAGGAAAUUGGCAGUACUAAUUACACCAGAGGUUUCCAGUGGGUUGAGGUCUGUCCUCCGCAGCGUAUUUGACGAAGUAACUGAGGUGAAAGUGCUUGAUAGUGCUGACUCAGUCCACUUGGCUCUGAUGCAGAGGCCAGAAUUGGGUGUAACCUUCACUAAGCUUCACUGUUGGACUCUUACUCAUUAUAGCAAAUGUGUCUUCAUGGAUGCAGACACUUUGGUGCUUUGCAAUGUUGAUGAAUUGUUUGAUCGAGAAGAGUUUUCAGCAGCUCCUGACUCUGGCUGGCCUGACUGCUUUAAUAGUGGUGUAUUUGUGUUCCGACCAUCUCUGAAAACUUACAACCUACUGCUCCAGUUUGCAGCUGAACACGGCAGCUUUGAUGGAGGUGAUCAAGGCUUGUUGAAUAGCUUCUUCAGCAACUGGGCAACAGCAGAUAUUGACAAACACUUACCUUUCCUCUAUAACUUAAGCAGCAGUGCUGUAUACACCUAUGUUCCUGCUUUCAAUCAUUUCGGUAGAGAUGCCAAAGUUGUUCAUUUCUUGGGAGCAACAAAGCCCUGGAACUACAAAUACAACCUUCAAACAAAGAAAGUUAUGCAGGAUGGCACCACUGAUGGAUCUUUACAUCAACUGUCAUUUCUCUCCCUCUGGUGGAAUAUAUACAGUGCCAGUAUAUUGCCUCUGUUAGAAAAACUUCAAAAGAUGGAAGAAUCAGAAUCUGAGGAAUGCAAGCACACUUUCAGUGGAGUUGAAAUUACUCUGAAAAAGGUCAGCCCUUGUGUGGCCAAUUCAUUGCAAACGCCUGUGCUUCCAGAGCAGACACAUGAAGUACACGCUGCAGUGUGUUCACCUGAGGAACUAGCUUUUGAAGCUAACAAGGUCGCACGUUCCGUUUCAGAGCUUUCUAUUCACUUCAAACCACAAGAACCAAUUCCAGAAGAUGAACGGAAAAAAUGGGAGGAAGGGCGAAUAGACUAUAUGGGGAAAGAUGCUUUUGAACAUAUCAAAAAGAAAUUGGAUGCAUUUUUACAUUAAGAUGGAGUGUACUGUAAUAGCCAUCACAAUCUAUGUUUCUUUUAUAAAUGCA